AUGUCUGGGGGAAAUUAUACUACAGUGACUGAAUUCAUCUUGUUAGGGUUAACAGACUCAACUGAACUUCAAAUUAUACUCUUUGUAUUAUUUUUGUUGAUUUAUACUCUCACAAUGAUAGGAAAUGCUGGAAUGAUUAUGCUAAUCAAAACAGAUUCUCAACUCCACACACCUAUGUAUUUUUUUCUGACCAGCUUGUCUUUGACUGAUAUUGUUUAUUCUUCAACCAUCACUCCGAAAAUGUUAACUGACUUAUUGUCUGAAAGAAAAAUCAUCUCCUUUGCUGGAUGUUUUCUGCAGAUGUAUGUCUUCAUUGCUUUAAUAACUACCGAGUGCAUUCUCUUUGGAUUAAUGGCUUAUGACCGUUAUGUGGCAAUCUGUAAUCCGCUGCUCUAUACAGUUAUCAUGUCAAAGACAGUCUGCCUGAAGAUGGCCAUGGGGGCAUUUACAGCAGGAUUCUUGAACUCAAUAAUUCACACCAGUUACAUAAGUAGCUUAUCCUUCUGUGGUUCCAAUGUCAUCCAUCACUUUUUCUGUGACAGUCCCCCAAUCCUUAAACUUUCUUGUUCUGAUACACAAAUGAAUGAAAUGAUCAUUUUCAUUUGUGCUGGGAUAAAUAUGUUAGGAACACUUCUGAUCAUUCUUACCUCUUAUAUAUACAUCCUCUUCUCGAUUCUCCGCUUACAUUCAGUUGAUGGGAGGCGCAAAGCAUUCUCAACCUGUGCUUCUCAUCUUACUGCCAUUGUUAUAUUUUAUGGAACUGAGAUUGUUACCUAUUUGUGUCCAAGUUCAAGCUACUCCCCAACUCAAGGAAAAGUUUUGUCUGUAUUCUACACAGUGGUCAUCCCAAUGUUAAACCCCUUAAUCUACAGUCUAAGGAAUGAAGAAGUGAAGAGGGCUUUAAAGAAUGUGAUCUUUAGAAAAAGGAGCCUCAUACUUAUAUGA